CUUAAUAGACUGCGGGUUUUAUUUGUUUAUUUAUUUUAUAUUGCUAUAAAUUUCUAUGGAAACCAAAUCCAAACGAUUUUCUUUCGCCGGACUUACCAGUCUAACCCGCAGUUUCAGCUUCUCAGGCACGUCUGCAAAGCCAGUCCUGGCUGAAGAACCCCCGGCAGUCGACGUUGAAUCUGUCAAACGAACGGCCGAAGCUGAUCGACGGACGACCGAAGUAGAUAGACGACCCCUCGAAAUUGACCGGCGAAAGUUGAGGGACAAAAAGUCUCAGAGCCUGUUUAUCAGGUCCUUCCGGAGUCCCACCAAGGCGGGGGUGGUAAAGGAAGAUAAGUCCAAGACCCAAUAUGACCCUGCAGAAGCAGCCCAGACGAACAGUAGCGAUGUGCGCAGCUCGAUUAGACGUUCAUUAUCCGCAGUCGUCUAUGCAUCCCCUCAUCUCAACUCGCGCCAUGAGAAAGACUCGCCUCGGAUGAGCGGACUGGUUCCUGUGCUCGUGACACCGGGAAUGUCGGAUUCCCAUGGUGGAAUUGUGAUGGACGAUCCAAAGCAACAUUUGGUUGAAGCUGAGAUUAAGCUACCAAAACGAAAGACGAUGGAGUACGAUAAUACACUUGUUCUCAUGCCUGACAAUCGAGACACUGCUCUGACUAUUGUGUGGCAAGGCUAUGGUUACACAAUAAACUCUUCAGCCGCUACGUCCCUGACCACCCACAUACUGGGUUCCGAUCCAUGGACUGACCGGGACAAGACUCAGGAAGCUCUUGAGGGUCGCUUUGAAGGCGAGGUCUGGACUUCAUACCGCGGUCUUAUUCAUCCUCUCCAUCUCUUUACACCUCUUCCGAAUUCAGACGCAAGUCAGGAUAAGGGUGCGUGGGAAGGACUGAGUGUAACUGAGUUGCGACAAUACUAUGACAACUACGGUUCGAUGAUGUUAAAGAUCCGGGAAGCUCGCAUGGCAGAACAACAGAGAUAUUAUCAUGAUCUACAGUUAAAAGGGCAUGUCGAGGACGAUUGGAUGAUACCCGAGGUUAGCCAACCGGAAACCAAUAUUACAGAGUAGCUGAGGGGAGCAAAAAAUUAUAUCAAUACCAUUACCAGUACCAGUACUAGUACCAACAAUGGCUUCCAUUUUGGCUGUAUUUUGUCAAUGUCCACCAUGUACAGUAUAUUAAAUUAUCUUUUAUAUUAUUUUAUUCUUACUCUUAUUCUUACUAUUACUACUACUAUUACUAUUACUUUUACUCUUAUGACCCUUAUUUCUAUUAUUUUACUUUAUUUUAUUUUCUAUUUUAUGUUCUAUUUUCAUUCAUCAGCAUUGCCUUGAAACCCAAUAAAAACACGCACGCACACGCACACACACAU